CUUGAGGAUGGCCGGCGGAGGAUUUGCGUUGGCUCCGGCACACGGAGUGGAGUUUGAGACAAAGAUUACUCCUAUAGUUAUCAUCUCUUGCAUCAUGGCUGCUACCGGUGGCCUCAUGUUCGGUUACGACGUUGGUAUCUCCGGCGGAGUGACAGCGAUGCCGGAAUUUCUGAAAAAGUUUUUCCCGGUGGUCUACGGGAGAGUGAAAUCCGGCGCCAAGAAACACAACUACUGCAAAUGUGACAACCAAGGACUACAACUCUUCACAUCAUCUCUAUACUUAGCCGGUCUAACCGCAGCGUUCUUCGCUUCAUAUACGACGAGAAAGCUCGGACGAAGGCCAACCAUGCUCAUAGCUGGCAUGUUCAACAUCGUCGGUGUGGUUCUCAAUGCUGCGGCACAAGACUUAGCCAUGCUUAUUGCAGGUAGGAUACUGCUUGGUUGUGGAGUUGGGUUUGCUAAUCAAGCCGUCCCGUUGUUCUUGUCGGAGAUCGCACCUACUAGGAUCCGAGGUGGUCUUAAUAUUCUUUUUCAGCUUAACGUCACUAUUGGAGUAUUGGUAUCCUCUUCGCCAAUCUUGAUCGAAGGCAGAUGGGGAUGGAGGCUGUCACUUGGUUUGGCGGGAAUCCCGGCGCUUCUACUGAUGGUGGUAGCUUUAUUGGUGACGGAGACGCCUACCAGUCUCGUCCAAAGAGGUCUUCUCGAUGAAGGAAAAACCGUUCUCCGUCAAAUUCGAGGAACCGUUAAUGUUGAACCAGAGUUCACCAAUCUCCUCGAAGCUAGCAGUCUUGCCAAAGAAGUCAAACACCCUUUCAGAAACCUUUUUCAAAGCCGGAACCGGCCUCAGCUCCUAAUCGCCAUUGCUUUGCAGGUCAAUAAUCCACUACUUCUUUACUCAAAAACUAGGUGA